AUGGCCAUGGGAAAUUAUUUUCUUGAGUUCAUAAUUCUUGUUGCACCUUUUAUUGUCUUAUGGCAAUCAAAUAAACCUAAGAAUCUCACAGUUUCUUCUUCAUCUCAAAAGCAAAGGAAUCUCACUGAUCUGCCAUUUGAUAUUGUAAUCAACAUCAUCAAAAGAUUGCCAUUUAAAUAUCACAUCCAAAUCUGUCUCGUUAGCAAAUCAUGGCGUUCUCUUUUAUCCACACCCGAAAUCGCCACUCAUAUCAACAUAGUUUCUGAUAAAAAUUACACACUAUUGAGUUACAAUGAUGUUAGAAGCCCCAGUGAUGUGAAAUGGAAAUUCAAGAUUCCAAUAGAAUUGUUAUCUCUAGAGUAUGUUCUAUUGAAACCUAUUAAUGGUAUACUUUGUAUUUGUGGACCUUUAUCUUCCCAUGUUUCUUAUGUCUACUUAUGGAAUCCUUUAACUAAGGAAUUCAAAGCUAUGCCUAAGCCAAAAACUCAUUUGGGAUAUGUUGCUGUUGACUUUGGCUUUGGCUAUGUUCCUAAAACUAAUGAUUAUAAAGUAGUGAGGAUAGUAAAACAUGAGAGAAAGCCCGAUUUGCGGAUUCAUGAAAUUUACUCUUUGAAUCGCAAUUCUUGGAGAAGGGUUAAGAAUUCGUGCUCGGAUAGUUAUGUAGCUAUUGAUUUGGAGAAAGAAGUGAUCAUUGAGGUGGGUUAUUCAUAUAAUAGAAGAAGGAAUCAGCAAUGUGAAGAUCAAAUAACUUGGAGAAAUGAAAGUGAUAAUGCUAUGUUAUUGACAUAUCCUGAAGAUGAUCUGGUUCUAUGUUACAGAGGAUAUGAAGAGAGAUAUUCGUCUUACUAUGCUGUAAGAAAAUUUGCUUUUGCUGGGAGCCUUGUUUCAUUCAAUAGAAAUCAUGACAAUCUUGGCUAA